CUUGCGUAUAACGCCAUGGUUGUAUCUAAUACUUCAAAAUACUUAAUGAAAUAAAUUAUGUAGUUUUAUAUCACGUAUUUUGGUAAGCUCAAUCGGUAUGCAGAGCCCCAUAGUAAUUUUCUUCGCCUUGUACAUUUUGGAUACUUACUAAGGUGCGUAAGUAUAAAGUAAGAUGUGUAUGUUAUAAAUAAAUAGUUUUUACUCAAAUAUUAUUGAAGGUAAAAGACACCCACAUAGCAAAUUGACUUGCGGUCUAGUGCUGGCUAGUUAUUCUGGUCAUAUAAUGUGCCAUUAUUGUUUAUACCAUUCAAUAUAAGUUUAUAGCGAUAUGUUGCGUGCUCUCAGGUAGUUCUAAUGAUUCAUGUUACGCGAUUGUAAAUGGUAAAUGUCGAAGAUGUUAUUUGAAUUGCUUAUGCUUCGCAGCUAGUUGCACUGACUUGGAAUAGCUUACGGCGAUUUUUAGCGCAAUAAUAAAUAACGACUGAGAGAUAUAAUAUUGAAUAGGGCUCACGAUCUAGUCGUUGUUAGUUUAAGUACAACGGGUUUGUAAUAUUUAUUGUGUCACCGUUAAAAAGUCGAAAACUACGUUACUUUUAGGUAGGAAAUAGUUUGUUAAGUCCUAAAGUAUUGAUAUAUUUCUCUCUAUUAUUAUUAGGACCAUCGAUCAUUAUGUUAUUGCUUAGUUAAUAUGUUAUACAUAUCACGUAUUUGUUACUUUGCGUUGUAAAUAACUGAAAAUAAGAUUUUUCUGAAAAAAUAAUUAAUCAUUCGAUAUGAUAAUAGAGUUAGUGCGGUGCUCUAGUGUUCUAUGGACAUUUCAGAAGACUUGUUAAGUUCUUAAUUUUGUAGUCUUAUGUAUGUUAUGUCCUUUUUACUUGUUCUAACAAGCUUAAUGAUUUGCAAGAAACUCACAAUGCUUGGUCGUGUUACUAAAUUUAUAAACAUUAACAAACGUGACCGAACUAUUCUCAAAUGCGAUUAUUAGUCGAUCAACACAAAUGUUUUGUAAACAAUGAACGGAAAUAUACAACUUAAGAAAACCACUGUAAGCGUAGAUGGCGUCUAAUUAAAACGUACAAAACAUGAUUCCCGAAACGUAUUACCGAAUAUUUUUCUCUUUUAUAAUGUUUUCUUUGUUUGCCCUUUGUAAAAGUUUUGAUGAAUACAAACCAGACAUAGCUCGACUUGGUAAAACAAAGAAAUCCAAAAUGGGUGAAAAAACAGCAAUAGGUACUUUUACUAAUGUUAUAACCCAGAUACAAAAUCUACCAACCAUGGAAUUCGGACGUAAAUUCAGGACUCCUUGUAAGACUGGGAACAAAUGCGGAAAGGUAAUAAAAAGACUUAUGGUACCAAAAUUGGCACAACUGGAGAAUACAAUUAUGGGUAUAAUGAAAGAGCUGUCAAAAAUGCCUCCCGGUGCCCGACUGCCCGACAAAUAUACUAAGACGGAACCGAUAAAAUUAUUAUUGGAUCAAAAUUAUAAAGAAGACGUAUGCAUGGACAAAUUGGAGUCUUGUUUGAAAGAAGAUAAACGACGCAAGAGGAUCCUGAAAAAGUUAUUCUUUAAGAAAUACAACGCAAUGCGACAGGAACUUAUCGGUUAUGGUGGAAGACGACUUUGGGGAGGAGAAGGGAACUUGUUCUAUAAAUGA